AAUUAACCUGUAAUUGCACAAACACACCCUUAAUAUUUCACAAUCGUCAAGUAAGAAGGUAGAAGUACCGAGUCAUGGUCAGAAUUUGACCUUAGAACCAACAGAACUUGUGUCUGUUUGCCAUGGCGGAAGAUGAAGCUCCCAGUCCUUCUCCUUCUUUUUUGGAGGUGAAAUGCAAUAGCUCGGGCAAGACGAGGCGGUUUGCACUAGGGACGGAGGCAGGUUUCGCAGUUUCAGUCAUAAAUAGGAAGCUGGGCAUGGGAAUGGAAGUUGGACUCCCUCUUGCUUUAUACAUUGAAGCCACAAGAGAAGGUCAUGAACCCAUUACUUUUGGACCCAAUUCCACUCUAGUCAACUUUGGUGACUCCUGGAUCUUACACACCGUUACUGAUCUUGAUUCUUCUGGCAUUGGACAUGUGGAAAAUGUUGUGCGGUCAGAGAGGAGUCCAGUCUCUAAAGUUCGUGAUCGCUCACGUCUUGUAAAAGUGACAAACACAAAACCAGCAAUCAGUCUUCUGUACUUUGGAAAAAUAGUCUUUGCUUUCACUCUGCUAUUUCUUAUUGGUGCAAUGUUCACGUUGGCACUGGAGUAUCUUCCUGUGUUUAUAUCAUUUGUUAAUUCCUCCGUCUAAAUUAUAAGUUCCUUCUUUUGAUAAAGUGUGUAGCCAUCCCUUCUUUACUUUGGCAGAAAAAAUGAAAAUGAAGGUUGUUUGGAUA